AAAAAAAAAUAAAAAAAAAUUUAUAAACAGUAUUCUGCCCCAGACCCAACUAAGUAGACUUGCUCCUAUAGGGACUCUGCCUCAGAGACUCAACGAGUAGACUUGAACCUAUCGACUUUGGUCCAUGGACGUGAAACCAAAAUUAAUUGCCAAAAAAGGUGUCACUGGAGAAGAGAAGUCCGCCUCCUGGUUCAGUGAACCCCUCCCAUGGGCUAGUCCAAGCUUGACAUCCGUUGUUUCCCUUCACACCUCCCACGCAACCCCCUUCCUCUUUGUGACUUGGCAACAACCCAAAGCACCGCAACGGCGCGCUAAUUAGGAGGACCAAAAGCGACGCUUUCCCCUGCCCCAGUCACAAACUCCACGUUUUAGACAGCCACAGGCCACGUGUACCCCGCUCCGUCCCUCUGCCUGUCAGCUUAGAAUUUAAGCUCCCGAGGCCUCACACUCCAAUCAGAUUCUCCCUCGUCCUUUGCAUGCAAUGAGAGCCACCGCAACGACACGUCCAACGGGGCCAAAUACGACCGACCCGAGUAUAGGGGCAAUCACGUAAAUUCCGGGUAAAAAAAAACAAAAACGGCCAAACCAAUCGUGAUAGGUGUAUCCACGCAUGUCGGCCUUACUCACACGCGUUGCCCUUCAGAACAAUGAGAGGCAUGCAGCCCUUGGACUGUAAACGGUAAAAAAUAGUGGGCCCUCCUGUACAGUCAUUACAGAGUUAAAAUCCCACAUGGAGUCCCACAAACACGUACCCACGCUACAAGUCCAAGUGUCAUUCUCUCCUUCCUCUCUGCUUCAUGGUGCCCUUCUCCAAUUGGCCAGCCCCCUCCCUUAAAACAACAGUUUCAUCCCUCUCACCAAAACACUUACCGACCUCCCCAUCCCUCACAGCUCUGCCUUCUACAUUUCUCUGUAAAGCCUUGCCAUUGCAAAACUUGAGCUUGUGGUGGUGGGCUAAGUGAGUGACUCCAGGAGAAAGUCGAAAACUUCGCAACCAUGAUCAAGACUCUGAAUCCUUACAACUCCACCAACACAGCAAAAACGGCUGAGAUUAUGUCCAGGUACAGGCCCAUAGCACCAAGGCCUGAGACUAGUGCAACCACCCCUACAGGUGAGAGCCCUGCCCUGUCUCAGAAGAUCAGGGACUCCCCUUACCUUCGAAGCCUCUGGCCUCAAUUGCAGGCAAGACCAACAAGAACCAGGAAGAGAGGUCGAGCUGCAAUUUCGCCACCAACCCUCAGAAGGCAAAGACCAAACCAUGGAUUUGGGCUCUCUCCUCCUUGCCAUGUAACAUCCCCUGCCAAAAAUUUAACCUUGGAUGGUUUUCCUCAUCCUCUUUCACAGCUUCCAUUACCAAACCAGCUUGGAUCAGCCAACACCAGCCUUGAAAACACUAGUCUGGUGACUCUGCCUCUUCUAUCAUACCCUUCUUCAGUUCCCAUUGUCCCAAACCAAGCUGUGGUGACCAACCAAGCAGUGGUGCCAGCUGAACUCAAUUUUACGAAACCUUCUGGAGGAGAAGAGCAGCUCAUAGAUUUGAACUCUGUAGCUGAAAUUCCCGAGGAGAAAGACCUACUGAAGCAACUACAAGGAACCCCAUCCCCUACUACUACUACUCCUACCACCCCCAGUGUCAUAGCACCUCAGCCAAUUCGACCUGUGGGCUCGAGCAUAAGCGUUGGCUGCAUCAGCACAGACCCAAGGUUAUCCCCAGCUGUGCAAGCUCCUAAGAAGCCAGAGGAUGUGGAGGAAGAGGUGGAGUCCGAGGCACUGCCAGCCAUCAUUUCAGAUUCACACAACAAGGUGAGGAUGGCAAAUGCAGCUUACAAGGAGAUGGUGGGUCAGCCAGAGUGUUCCUGGCUCGAUUCAAUGGUGGCCAGCUCGUGCAAAAGGAUCAGUGGGGAGGUUACACUUCAGCUUUCUGAUACAAGGGUGCCAACUCUAUCAAAUGGGUUUUCAUGCUGGGUGAGGAUAGAGUGGGGCAAUGAGAUGGACAAGCAUGCUGUCAAUGCUUUCUGUGAUGUGAUCAAACUGGCCUGCGAGUCCAAGGACUACCUCUUCACUUGGAGGUUCCACACCCACAGCAGAGAGGCUUCUCAGUCCAGUUCUAAUGAAAUUGCUACUUGUAACUAAAUGUAGUGUAGGCUGUGUAUCUUAGUAGAAGAUGCACAUUAUAUAUCGUAGUCAAAUAUUAAGAGGAAAUAUAUAUAGUAAUCAGGCUUUUGAUGUAAAAUCUAGAGGGGGUUUUGGAUGUGUAUUAUUUCACUUCUUGGUAGAAACCUGUUCAUUACAUAU